AUGGGGAAACGGAAGUGUAACUCGAAGUAUCGUACAUCGACUCCAUCUCAUGCUGAGGAUAGCACAUCACUUCCUCGCGACAACGAUCGCAACGCUGAUCUCUCUCAAGAAGGAUCUGGUUCUUCUGAUCGCGCUGCAGCUCAUCGUCAUUCGAAUCCAGCUCCAGUUCCAUCUCGUCUCUUUGAGGUAUCGGAUUCUCCUGAUAACCUUCAUAGUCCGUACCAUCUACUGAACUCAGAUCAUCCUGGUUUAGCUUUAGUAUCGGAACAACUUGAUGGCAUGAACUAUGGAACUUGGAUUGUUGCGAUGACUACUAGUCUUGAAGCUAAGAACAAACUAGGAUUUGUUGAUGGAUCUAUUCCUAAGCCAGACACAGCUGAUCCAUAUUUCAAGAUUUGGUGUAGAAUCAACAGUAUGUUGAAAUCUUGGCUACUCAAUGGUGUCACCAAGAAGAUCUACACUAGCAUCUUAUAUUUCUCUACAGCUGCUGACAUGUGGAAAGAUCUUCACACUCGGUUUCACAAGUCCAACCUUCCCAGAUUGUACAAGCUUCGUCAUCAACUUCUAUCUUUGCAUCAGGGCACUAUGGAUCUAUCAUCCUAUCACACUCAGACGCAAACUUUUUGGGAAGAAUUGUCCAGUAUUCAAGCUCCUGCGACUACAGUUGAAGAGUUAUUGGCUCAAAGAGAAACAAAUCGUGUUAUUGACUUCCUUAUGGGGCUUAAUGAAAGCUACGAUCAUGUUCGAAGUUAA